AACUUUGCUGACAACAUGCCGGCAUGGAAGAGGAGAUGGUUUGUGUUACGCAGUGGCCGUUUGACUGGAGAUCCAGAUGUCUUGGAAUAUUACAAAAAUGAUCACGCCAAGAAGCCUAUUCGUAUUAUUGAUCUAAAUUUAUGUCAGCAAGUCGAUGCUGGAUUGACAUUUAACAAGAAAGAGUUUGAAAACAGCUAUAUUUUUGAUAUCAAUACUAUUGACCGGAUUUUCUAUUUGGUAGCAGAGAGCGAGGAGGAGAUGAAUAAGUGGGUCCGGUGUAUUUGUGAUAUCUGUGGGUUUAACCCUACGGAAGAAGAUCCUGUGAAGCCUCCAGGCAGCUCCUUACAGGCACCUGCUGAUCCAGCUUUUGCCAUAAACACAGUUCCAUCUUCCACAGACCCUUCCUCUGCUGCUCUUCCUCCUCCGUAUCAGCUCAUCAGCCUCCCACCACACCCGGAAACUCUGGGCAUCCAGGAAGACCCCCAAGACUACCUCUUGCUGAUCAACUGUCAAAGCAAGAAGCCUGAACCUGCCAGAACCCAUGCUGAUUCCGCAAAAUCCACCUCUUCUGAAACAGACUGCAAUGAUAACGUCCCUCCUCAUAAAAAUCUUGCUUCCUCCCAGAGCAAACAUGGAGUGAAUGGCUUUUUCCAGCAGCAAAUGAUGUAUGACUCUCCACCAUCACGUGCUACAUCUGUCUCUGCAGACGCCAGCCUUUAUAACCUGCCCAGGAGUUAUUCCCACGAUGUUUUGCCAAAGGAAUCUCCAUCGAGUACCGAAGCAGAUGGAGAACUCUAUGUUUUUAACACCCCUUCUGGGACAUCAAGUGUAGAGACUCAAAUGAGGCAUGUGUCUAUCAGUUAUGACAUUCCUCCAACACCUGGUAAUACUUACCAGAUUCCACGAACAUUUCCAGAAGGAACCUUGGGACAGACAUCAAAGCUCGAUGCUAUUCCAGAUAUCCCUCCACCUCGGCCACCAAAACCCCAUCCAACUCACGACCGUUCUCCUGUGGAAACGUGUGGUAUCCCACGCGCAGCCUCAGACACUGAUGGUAGUUACUGCAUUCCUACAGCAGGGAUGCCGCCAUCCCGAAGUAAUACCAUUUCCACUGUGGAUUUGAACAAAUUACGGAAAGAUGCUGGUUCUCAAGACUGCUAUGAUAUUCCACGAACAUUUCCAAAUGAUAGAUCUAGUUCGCUUGAAGGAUUCCAUAAUCACUUUAAAAUCAAAAAUGUGUUGACAGUGGGAAGUGUCUCAAGCGAGGAACUAGAUGAAAACUACGUCCCAAUGAAUCCCAACUCUCCACCACGACAACAUUCCAGCAGUUUCACGGAACCAAUUCAGGAAGCAAAUUAUGUGCCAAUGACACCAGGGACGUUUGAUUUUUCUGCAUUUGGAAUGCAAGUUCCUCCUCCUGCUCACAUGGGCUUCAGGUCCAGCCCAAAGACCCCUCCCAGAAGGCCAGUUCCUGUGGCAGACUGUGAACCACCCCCCGUGGAUAGGAACCUCAAGCCCGACAGAAAAGGUCAGAGUCCCAAAAUUUUAAGACCCAAACCCCAUGGUUUAGAGCGAACUGACUCACAAACCGUAGGUGACUUUCCUACACGGAGAAAGGCCAAGCCAGCGCCUUUAGAAAUAAAACCUUUGCCAGAAUGGGAAGAAUUACAAGCUCCAGUUAGAUCUCCCAUCACUAGGAGUUUUGCUCGAGACUCCUCUAGGUUUCCCAUUUCCCCCCGGCCGGAUUCAGUGCACAGCACAACAUCAAGCAGUGACUCACACGACAGCGAAGAGAAUUAUGUUCCCAUGAACCCCAACCUGUCCAGUGAAGAUCCCAAUCUUUUUGGCAGUAAUAGCCUGGAUGGAGGUAGCAGUCCUAUGAUCAAGCCCAAAGGAGACAAACAAGUGGAAUACUUGGAUCUAGAUUUAGAUUCUGGGAAAUCCACACCACCACGUAAGCAAAAGAGCAGUGGCUCCGGCAGCAGUGUGGCUGAUGAGAGAGUGGAUUACGUCGUGGUGGACCAGCAGAAGACCCUGGCUCUGAAGAGUACCCGAGAGGCCUGGACAGAUGGCAGACAGUCCACGGAAUCUGAGACCCCAACCAAGAGUGUGAAGUAAAAACACGGCUUUGCCAUUUCUGAGCAGAAGUGAACCCUGCUUGAAGUCAUCUCAACACUUUUGUUCUUAAACAGAUGAUCCAGUGAGCAGAGUUAAAAAUCAAAGGGCCUUUCCGACAUAAACAAUUUGGACUGUAAAUGGUGCUUUGUGGUUUCUGAACAAUUUAUAACAUGUAAAUACUGUAGGAAAAAAAGUAUUGUGUAGCUCCCAGAAAAACAUUUGUCUCGUAGUUAACACACUUGUAGUAUUACUGUAUUUAUGCACUUUUCAUUUAAAACAUUGGUUUGGGUAUUCCCAAUGUACUUUAACAGAAUUCCUUGAGAAGUUCUUAUUUUUCCUCACACUACUCUGUAUAACAUUACUAAGUUAACUAAGCUACUUUUAGAUGUGGACAUUGCUGUUUAAUCUACAGUCUAACAACGUGAGAAGUAGAUUCACAAGUUAGCUGUCUUCCCUGAAGCUUCAGGUCGUAAUUAUUAGCUUAAACCAGGCAAUAGUUGGAUUCAUCCUUUAUUACCUUCCAAAAUGCAGAAGAUAAUGUAUAUAUAGGUGUCAGAAUCCAGUUCUUCGGUUCAUGUACAUUUAGUUUUUAAUGGUAGAUCUUUGUUAUAUUUCGUUAAUUACAGUGUUUUUGGUUCAUUGAGUGAAGAUUCUGCAGGGUGGGAUCUUGCACCUUUGAAAGACUGAAUAUAAUUACACUAUCACGUAAGCCUGGAAAUCAUUGAUGACAUGUAGGGAUGCUGUGCUCUUACACUUGCUAACAUGUAUUAAAUAUCAUUUGCAAAAGGUGGAUUAUGUAAUAAAUCAGGUACGUACCUGGCACUGAUGUGCUAAUACACUGAUCAGGUAUAGACAGUGAGUUUUAGUUUUGUUCUCAUUAGUCCUAGUGUUGGUUUCCAGUUUAGAAUUAAAGAAACAAUUGACAUCUGCUCUUAGUAACAGCAAUAUACUGUGAUUCUUUAAUUGAACAGUAAUUCACAUUUAUUACUCUUAAGAAUGAAAUUCUGUCUUUGGACACCAUAGUGCCCUUUCUAUAAUUUUUUUUUUACUAAAUAUUAUUGGCCUUAGAUUUAAAUCUCUAUGCAAUUAAUGUUUUAUAUCUGCAUUUUUUUAAAAAAAUAGAUGUUAUAUAAGUGAACCUCAUAUGUAGCACCUAUUGCUUUUCCAGGAAAAAAAUUAAAGAUUUUGUACUGUGACUUGUAUUCAUUGCCCCGAUUCACAAAAUGGAGGAGUCUUGCUAUACUCUGAAAUUUUACAGUCCGAUCAGAUUUCUGAAUUUCAGAAGACUGGUAUAAAACUGUGACAUGGAUAUCAGGACUACAAAUUAUAGUGAGGCUACAAUUAUAUUCAUCUUUCUUGGCUUUGCAACAUAAUUUAGAAAGCAGGUAUAGUUGGUUUUUAACCUAAAUUAUGUACAGUCUCUUAUGUAGUGAUUUGAGACUUACUAACAGAUUUGGGGAGUUGUAGAUAUAAGAGUUCCACUGCAGAGACAAGACCCCUCUUUUCAGACCUCUAACUGUUGCCUGAGUAUACAGAUGUGUUCUCAUUUCUGGCCCUUUGGCCGUAAUACUGUGCCUGAUUAAUGUCCUGGGUUUAUCUCCCCAGUCCACAAACUAUGUGUUUAUAACAAGAUGAAUUUUGGACUAGUAACAUUUGAUGCUUUUAAAUGCUUGCUUCUUAAAAAACAAAAAACACAAAACAAAACAACAACAAAAAACACUAAAACCCACAACUGCAUUUUGAGGUGAAUGUUUCAAUAAAAAAUAUUGUUCGAGUUUGGUGUGCAAGUUGUUUUGUAAUAAAACCAAAACCAAAAUCUAAAGAUCACUGACAUGUGCCUAAACUAUUAAAACACACAGCACAGUUGGUAUAUAAAGAUACUGAAUUGUGUUACCUGGAGGAUGUACAUAUUUUGAAAUUUAAAACAGUAAUAAACAUUUGAUUAGUUCAAAAAAAUUUUUUUAAUUAUCUUUAAAGCUGCCUGUUGAGAAAGUCUGAAGCAGUUAUGUCUGUUUUUAAGUGUAAUUUCUCCUUCACUUUUUACAAGUUACUAUUUUUGUGGACCCACAGUACAAACUUUUAGAGAUCUUACCAUUAUGUUGAAUAUUUAAGAAUAGAUGGGCUGGGCAUAGUUCAAUCAAAGAUAAAAUAUAAGUGCAGCCAUGUAAGACCCUGGGUUCAAUCCUAAGCAUCCCCUACCCCCCAAAAAAGGGAAAAGAAUUGAGAAAGGUGUUUUGCUUUAGAAAACUAAGGCACAUUAAAGAUUGUAAUAACAAAUUAAAAGGCAGUUUCAUAGAAGAUGGUAUUUUUAAAUGUUUAUGUGCUCCUUCAGUACAUAUUGCCUAAGAAGUCCAAUGUAAUGCAUAUUGAGUUUCCAUUUGUAGUAUUUUAGUUCAUUACUAUGAAUUACAAGAUUUCUGAAUUAUCUGUGAGUAAUGUGUAUUUGGAGUUAUAGUUGAUAAAACCUCAACAAACAAUUUAUUUUUCUGCCUUGACUUAUUUCAGGGCAGUGGUUAAAACGCUGAUUUGCACAAACAUAAGUACAAGAGCAGAUUUUAAACCAACAUUUCUGGGGAGUCUUCACUGAGAGGUAGUUGAAAUUAUAUUCCAAGGCUUAUAUUAAGUAUAAAUUACCUUGAUAGUGAAACUUAAUGCAUAAGCAGUCUCCAGUGUGGUAAAAUAUGCCUUUUAUUAAGUUCUUAAAUAUGCACUUAAACUGAAUUUGAAUCAUAUACUUAAAAAAAAAAAAAGAACAUACCCUUAACCACAUACCCUUAACCCUAACUCAACUUCAGACAGCUGGAUUCCAGCAAGGCAGGGCAUGGAAACCACUGGUGAGUCAUGUGACUAUAGAUCUUAUGUAUCAGAAAUCUUUUUUUCUCAUACCUUUUGUUAUUUUAUAAUACUCUAAGAUCUCAAUGAAGGUUUCAGUACCAAAGCACAGUUCUGCUUUUAAGUCAAAAUUUAGACUGGAAAAAUGUAAGCUACUUAGCUCACAGAAGAUAUCACUCAGAGCUACAAAACCAAUUUUUAAUCUAUGUAUAAUUUUACUGUGAACACUAGAAAAUUCUAUAAAGGUACUGAGAGAGGGUGUGUAUGUGCACAAAAUGCAUUGUAUUUAAUCAGGCUAAAUUUAAUUUGAUAUAGAAAUACCAUUGUACAUUGAGGUCAUAAUUUUUUCUGAACUUCUUGUAUUUAAUUAGUGGGGCUUACAAUUUUCCUCUUCAUAAGUGUGUUUAAAGUGGAAAUUGAACAUCCACGCAGUGGGAAGUUGUCUUCCCCCAUUACAGAAAAAAGUAUUUUUUUAUAUUUUGCUAAAAUACAAACUACUUUGUGUUUGCACACUUUUCCAUAGACACUGGUCAUAAUCGCUGGCUGCUCGCAAACACCUUUAAUGCCUCCUUGUUUUGGCCCAUUUUUGAGGUACAGGCAUCAGGCUUUUGAAUGCGUACCCAGCCUUUGGCAGUUCAUGACGACGUGGGAUGGUCUUUCUGUUCCUCUCUUCGGGCCAUGGUGGCAGGUCUUAUCCUUCACUGUUGGGUCAGUGUACAGGAUCGUCCUACAACUGAGUCAUCCAGGUACACAGACCAGGAAUAUCGCUGUCCUACUGUAAUUACUCUCAGUAACAUCUGAUGUUAUGUGUACAUUUUUAUAUGAUUUAAAAAAUACUAGGUGGUGAAAAGCCAUGAUGGGAGCGAAUAUUGUGGGCAUUAAGAUAAAAGUUAGUUGCCAGAUCAUUUAGAUUAUCUUCCUUACAUCCUUAAGUUCAAUAUCAUCUGUACAUUUCAACAAACUCAUUAGUUAAGGGAUUAGCGCAGUUUCUGCUUCCUUUACAUAAAGACACAGUUUUGUGUGAACUCCGAUAACCUAAAUCAAUUGUUGAUAAUCCCAAAUUUUAAUAGUAAAAUCAUAUGUAAAAUUUUAUUUUUCUCCUUUUGCAUAUCUUUUGUAAAAAGAUCUCAUUGUAGAUAUUUUCUGCUGUCUAAUAAAACUUUUCAAACAG